AUGAAGGUUAUGAUCGUCCUUUCCACUGUCAUUAGGCUGGGACUAGCCGCGCCGCCGUUAGACGCGAGAUCUGGGCUACAGAGACAAGAAGAAGCUGGUAUUGGCAGCUGUUGCCUUAUCUACGGCCUCUACAAGGCCCUUAAACACGCUCUUGAAAAGGCUCACGACCCUAGCGCUCAGAAGAGUUACGAUAGCUGCAAGAGGACCGCUAAGGCUACUGGCAAAAUUUGUAGCGCUGCCACGUGCACCGCUAUUGCUGGCACUCUAACUCUCAGGCUGCGGCUGCUGCUGCUGCUGCCAUUUGCGCGAGUCUAG